CUGCGCUCAGGUCUGAACUCUAGCUGGACAACUGUGGAGCUGCGGCGGAAACGCACGCAAGUGCACAAUGCGACACGACGCGUCUGAUUGUGUGGAGCUUACUGACGAUCCUCUGCAGGAAACUUUUUAGAAUAAAUUUUCGGGAUACGAAAAAUAAAUGGGACCACUUAACUUGAUAACUUGAAUCGUUCCAGUACAGUUUCGCCAACUUUGUGUACUUGACAGUCCGAGCUUCUCCGUCUAUUCGGGCUCAGCAGCUGAGGAGGAGGAGGAGGAGAAGGAGGAAGAGAAGGCGGCUGGAUGAAGCUGGAGACGGGAUAUUGAGGUGCAGCGAGCCGGGUUCGAGCUUCCCCACCAUUCUUCUCCUCAAUGUCACCGGACAGGAUGAUGAUCAUUGGACUUCUGCUGAAUGUCUUCUCUCGAGGUUGUGUACCAGUAUCUGCUACUUUAGACUGUCUGGUGGCUGAGCAGGGCUGCAUCCAGGAGCAGUCCUGCAUGGGCAUCUACCGGCUGCUGGAGUACUGCGCAGCUGAGGAGGCCGUGUCUCCCCUUGGCUCAGAUGCCCGCCUGGAGUGCCUGGAGGCCCAGAACUCCCUUCAACGUUAUCGCCCCCUUCAAGUUUGCAAAUGCCAGCGUGGCUCUCGCAGAGAAGAACACUGCCUCAGGGUGUACUGGACUGUGAGAUUUGCAGCAUAUGAUGAGUAUGACGUGUCCCCAUAUGAGGAACUGGAAUUAAAUCUGGUGAGAAACAUAGAGAUGUCACGAAUGGCCUCCAUCAUGGCAGCUUCCUCUCUGUCUGUGGAUGGCCAAAACCAAUGUCUGAAGGCAGCUCAGGACUGUGGCCUGUAUGAGAAAUGCGGCUCCCUGCGGUCAGAAUAUGUUGUGGCCUGCACCAAGCGAGCAACAACCACAGACAACAGCUGUAACCGCCAGAAAUGCCACAAAGCUCUGCGGCGCUUCCUGGAGCGUGUACCAGAGGAAUACAGCUUUGCUUUGCUCUUCUGUCCCUGCUCUGACACUCUGUGUGGGGAGCGCCGGAGGAAAACCAUUGUACCGUCAUGCUCCUAUGAGGAGAAUGUGAGAAGAGAGGAAAGAACGGGCAAGCCCAACUGCAUAAGUCUGCAGAACUUCUGCUCCAGCGACCAGCUGUGUAGAUCACGGCUUGCUGAUUUUCAGCUCAACUGCCAGCCUUCUUCUCUUUCUGCCUCUGGCUGUGUGCGAGAGAGCAGAGCCAUGUGCCUGAAGGCCUACACAGGACUCAUAGGCACCAUCAUGACUCCCAACUAUGUGAGCAACAGCAGCACAGAGGUGUCCCAAUGGUGCACAUGUGAGGGCAGUGGGAAUGACUGGCAGAGCUGUCAGCGCAUCCUUCACAUGUUCAGCAGCAACAUUUGUCUUCUCAAUGCCAUCAACUCCAUGGGAAUCUCUGCCCCUCCUCCGGUGGAACACACUCCUGUGCCAGUUUCUCAGCCCUCCCCCCGUGUUUACCAAGAGAGUGUCCACGUCAGCGUUAACACUCUCCCUGAAUUCAACAGCAUGGAGGACAGUGCGGAAGAGGAAGAAGAAGAGGAAGCAAGCGAGAAAUUCAACAUCAUCCCACCAUAUUCUGACAAGGAUUCCAACAUUGAAUCGGGUGCCAGAGGGAGUCAGCAGGGAGCAGCUAGCCAAGCAGUACCUGCCUUGCCAUCAGUGCUGCUGCCAACUCUCAUCCUGAGCUGGAAGUGUUGGUUCCACUGAAAACCCUCAGCUAACAUUUUACACUUGCUUCUGCUGUCAAAUCCAUCCCAACACUCAGCGUAAACCACAGAGGACAGUUGUAAAGAAGAAAUAUAAAUGCUCACUGCAUUUUUUUUUUUUUCUUUCUUCCCUUUAUCAAAUAUCCAAACUUGAUGUUUUAAUUCAGUUUUUCCUCUUGGGUUUUCUCAACUUGAACAAGAUUUCCAUCAUCCUGCAAUGUCUUUGCUCAAGUCAUCCUCCAUGAAAGGAAGACAGCAACAUGAGCAGAUGUGAGUGCAUCGGCAAAUUGAGAAGUGCUGUUUGGGCAAAUUCUAACUCAAGCCUGCUUCAAACUCAAAGUACAUCCCCUCUUUUAAAAACAGAAGCACAUCGCCCAAGGCUACACACACUAUACAUGCUCCGAAAAACCAUACCCAGUCUGCUCUGCUGCAGCCAGGCACGAGCACAGCUUUUCCUUUCUAUUUCAUGACUCAUGACUCAUGCCACAUCCGUUUCUCUGCUGGCCCUUCAGCUCUUCCUCUCCCUCCGUCAUGCUGCGGUUGAGCAAGAUAAUCCACUUUGCUACAAGCUAAUAAGAAAUGAGCCCCACUUAAACGCUUUGUAAAAUUAAAAGAGAAACAGUUUUUGAAUUUGCUGUAUUUAAAAAGGGAUGAAAUGCAAACCAGUACAUUGUCACAUUUUGUUUUAUUUCACUUUGUGCACAAAAAAAGCAGUCUCUCUCUGCUCGUUUCUUUUUGUUAACACGACGCUUAGUGUUAUUCCUGCCACGCCAAGUGACUGAGAACUCAACCACAGGCAAAAGUAAUGAGAUCAAAUUCCAUUGUAGAAAGAACAUGGAGAGAAAAGCAACAUAAGCAAUUACAGGACAAUUCAAAUUGCUCUGCAUACAGAGGAGAUCUGGAGUAAGGCUCACGGGAGAAGAAAGCCAAUUUACUGCUGUCAUACCCUCUCACUUUUUUUAGCGCUCCUUCCCCAUCAUGUACAUUAGAUGGUUUGAAAGCGAGGUGCAACGAUAGGGACGGACACAGGAGGCUGUAAAGCCUGCUGGCUGCUCUGAUCAUUGAGCACCACAUUGGGCCAUUCUCCCUGCCUGAAAUAUCUUUUGCUGAUGUUAAUGGUUUUUCCUCUUAUGGCUCAUUUUCCUGUGAAAUUAAGGAGCUGCAGGGAUGGAGGUAAAGGGAAGUACAGUGAAGUUUUCAUAGAGGGAUAAACUUGUCUACUCUGAUGAUGGGUUGGCAAAAAAUAACCAGUCUGGGCUUUACAUGGAAAAUUCUUUCUACUACUUCAUCUUGUGGAUUCAUUGCAGAUAUACAUUCAUUCUUUUUAAAGUCAUUGUAUGUAGUGGUGUAAUCAAACUGACCAAUCCUUGUAAGGUAUUACAACGAAUCCUUAUUAUAUCUUUAAACAUAAUUGGGAGACUGCAGCUUUAUUAGUCCCCACCUCUGGACACGUUUACAUGAUGACUUAUUAACAUGAAAACUGAACAGUAUAAGACAGAAAUGCAACAGCACUCGCAUGCUUGCCUGUGCAGGACUGUCCUAUUUCACAUUUUAUUGAAGCGAACGAUGGACAUUAGUUGUGUCAUUGUGAGAUUAGUGGACAUGCAGUGACGGUUACACACUUCAAAGCAAAGUGAUAUCAUGCUGUUUUUUAAUUGCAGUGUGCUGGAAGAGGCAAAGAAGUGGAUGAGGAAAAGAUCUGUGUGAAACGCUCUGAAGUGUGACUGCAAGAUUAGUUCAUGGAAAGAAAACGUGUGCAUAAAAGAAUUGAAGCAAAACAUGUGGUUGGAAAACCAGCUGGUAUUCACAUUUAUUAACCCGACCUUGGAGGAGACAUGCCGCCAUGCUUAAGAAACCUAUUCCUUUAUGGUGUCACAUUGCAGAAACAGCAGCGCUGCAGUGAGUUAUAGUCAACAGCAUCCAAUGACAAGUCACAGUAACUGCAUCCAGUGUGCUCUGGCCUUAAUGACUUAAUAUGAGUUCACAAGUAUUUUCACUUUUCAGUAAGUUUGUUUAUAUUUUUAAACAAUAUAAACAUUAGUUUAAGGUGUGUCAAAGAUAAAAGACCCACUUUUUAUCCAUAAAUCUAAAUCUUAAAGGAAAUAUGUUAAUAUUUCCGAAUUAAGGCAGUUUAAAUCAUGAAAGUGGUGAGACUGUGUACAGUACUAUUCAAUGUGCUAAUUCUCUCAUACUAACAUAUCAAACAUGCCAAAUCAGUCUGACUAUAAUGUGUAAUAAGUGUGUAAUUUUGUGCCAUAGCAGUAAGAAUGACAAUUUGUUAAAAGAAUAAAAAUGACAGUGAAAAAUUUCAUGUCUGACAGAAAACGUACUUGUUCAUGACCAAGAAA